AUGUCAGAGGACCAAGAAGUUUACCGCAUGUGCCGAGCACUAUUCAGCGGAAGGUCUAAACAGCUGAAGAAGCCAGCGAUUCGCCAAACCCUCAUUAACAACCAGAGCGCUUUGCAUCACCUAUUCAGGAGAUAUGGCGAGAUCAGGCUUACCGCAAUGAUCCAGUCUCUCCUCAAAGCCGGGGCUUUCGAAUCGGACCGUCGUGCCAAAGCUAUGUUCCCCGAGCUAUUUCAGACCACCCCACAACAGGAUGCACAGAGAGAAGCAUCUGAAGCCGACGCAGCAAAGUCGGUUGCUGACAUCUUGGGUGGUAUGAGCCACCCCGAAGACAUGGAAUCAGCAGAGCCAGCAACGCCAGCGGAGCCAGUGUGGGGCUGGGAGGUUCCGCCUGUGCCGGUCCCGGAUGAUGAACUCCCAAUACAAGACGCUGCCGCUUCUGAGACACCCCUUGAGACGAACGGUAUUGACGAAGCGCCAUCUCAGACACAUCCCAAGAUCCCUUCUCUCUAUCCAACAUAUCUUCCAUUCACCACUCAACAUGCUAUUCUUACGGCUUCCCAGAGGCUGCUCGAAGAAUGUUGCUUCGAUUUCGCAAAGAAGUGGUUCCCCGACGUGCUCCAGGAUAAAGGCUGGGAAUGUGCGUCCGCCGUCGAGUUAACGAAUUGGAUCAAGGUCUUCAACGCGGAGGUCCUCGCGCUCCCCCCUCAGGUUAUCGCCAUGACGGACAAGACCAUCUAUCAGGUUUUUGCGCCGACCCAUAAGCUACGACACACAGCCGUCCACAGAUUGCCAACGACGGCCCGCGAAAUCAUCAGACUGCUCCGAGCAGCAGUAGAACUGACGGAGACUCUGCAAGACUUCACGCGUGCAUUCCAGCUAGAGGAGCUGAUUCUUGAGGUCGACGAGAAGAUCAAGACGAUGGAGCUCACGAAGAAUGUUUUGGAGGAUCGUGCUGCCGCUCAGCUUGAGGACAUCCGCCGCCAGCGAGAAGACCUUGAUAGACAGGAACGGGAGUUCAUCGAGAGCAUGCUCAAGGAGGAUCAAGAACACAAAGCUCUCAUCGGCAGCCUUCUCGAGAUUGCUGUCGAUGACAUUCUGGAAAGGAAGAACGCUAAAAGCCAGGUAGCCGAUGAGGACGAGACUGAUGCCCGGGUUUGUUACCUCGAAGGUGACGAGAAUACGAACGGAGGUUCCGAUAGCUUGGAGAACAAAGAUGGCUUCAAAGAUAGCAAUGGAAUUUGGCGGAAACUCACGGAUGCUUGGUCUGGGAUGACUUUUGGUCAGAACCAGAAGGUUCUCUUUGGGGGUUUCUAG